AUGAAAUGGGGACAAAGCUAUAUCGAUAGAAGCCAGGAACAACAACAUUUCCUGCGUGCUGUAUGGGAUGGAAAUUUUUUGUCGCCUGUUCGAGAAGCACUUACUGCUGGAGGUGCUAAAGUGCUUGAUGUUUGUUGUGGAUCAGGCGUGUGGGUUUGCGAUAACGCAUCGGAUUUUAAAAAUGCGAAAUUCUUUGGCUUUGAUAUUGUUCAACGCCUUCCAAACGAGCGACCACGGAACGUAGAAUUUCAAGUAGCCGACGUUCUGCAAAGAUUUCCGUUCGACGACGAUUAUUUCGACUUUGUAUACAUCCAGUUCAUCACCCUGUGGUUCACGGAACAACAAAUAAUUGACAACAUACUACCAGAAUGCGUGCGAGUUCUAAAACCUGGUGGGUGGAUUGAAAUAAGUGAUUCGUACGCACACUUAUAUACGAAGGGUCAAUUAGGAACAAUAUUAAAUUCGUAUUUCACCCAGCAGCAGCAGAAACGCGAUUUUAAUCCCUUUCUAGGGAACCACCUGGAGUUCUUUUUGCAGAAAACGGGGAAUCUGCAAAAUAUAAGAAAAAAAGAAAUGGAGCUAACGAUUCCUAAUUUGAACUUAAUAGGAAAUGGGAUGGGUGACAUAGCAUGCAAAAUGUUUGCCGAAAUUGGAAUCAAAAGUGGGAUGGAACUGGGUCUGUUAAAAGAAUCGGACUCGGAAAAAAUUAUAAUAGAUUGUAUGAGGGAGGCACAUGAGAAGCGUGCCUAUUUUAAACUCUUUAGAGUUUAUGCAGAAAAAACUCACGAGAAAAAAAGGCUAUGGGAUUAUUAA